CAUGUGACGGGAGAAGAUGGCUGCCUUUCCGUGGCAUUCGAGGCAGAGAAACUACAAAACUGAAUUGGAAUCAUGUAGGUUAGAGCCGGUACCCCUGGAUUUUGGAGAUUAUCAUCCACUGAAACCUAUAACUGUCACAGAAUCAAAGACCAAGAAAAUGGGGAGGAAAGGAAGUACUUCUUCUACUUCCUCCUCUUCCUCUAGCUCCAUGGUGGACCCUUUGAGCAGUGUUCUUGAUGGUACUGAUCCACUCUCCAUGUUUGCAGCAACAGCAGAUCCAAUGACAGCUACAGCUAAUAUGGAUAGCUCAAGAAAGAAACGAGAUAGAGAUGAUAAUUCCACAGUGGGACCUGAUUUUGAACCUUGGUCAUGCAAACGUGGCGAUAUCCUUGCCAGAUACACAACAACAGAAAAACUCUCUAUUAAUCUGUUUAUGGGAUCUGAGAAAGGCAAGACUGCAACCUCUUCAUCUGCAGUGUCUGAGAAAGUCAGGACAAGGCUGGAGGAACUGGAUGAUCUGGAGGAGGGAUCCCAAAGGGAGCUACUGAAUUUGACUCAGCAGGAUUAUAUGAACCGAAUUGAAGAACUCAAUCAGUCACUGAAGGAUGCCUGGGCUUCAGACCAGAAAGUGAAGGCACUAAAAAUUGUUAUCCAGUGUUCUAAACUUCUUUCCGACACAUCAGUAAUCCAGUUCUACCCAAGCAAAUUUGUCCUCAUCACUGAUAUACUUGAUACAUUUGGAAAAUUAGUGUACGAGCGAAUCUUUUCCAUGUGUGUGGACAACCGCAGUGCUUUGCCAGAUCACUUUUCUCCAGAAAAUGUAAAUGACACGGCCAAAGAAACUUGCUUAAAUUGGUUUUUCAAGAUUGCUUCAAUUAGGGAACUCAUUCCUAGAUUCUAUGUGGAAGCAGCCAUCCUGAACUGCAACAAGUUUUUAUCUAAAACAGGAAUUUCAGAAUGUCUUCCAAGACUGACAUGCAUGAUUAGAGGAAUUGGCGAUCCUUUGGUUUCAGUAUAUGCCAGGGCAUAUCUGUGCAGGGUUGGGAUGGAAGUGGCUCCACAUCUCAAAGAAAAUCUAAAUAAGAACUUUUUUGAUUUUCUCCUUACAUUUAAACAGAUUCAUGGGGAUACAGUUCAGAAUCAAUUGGUGGUACAAGGAGUGGAGAUUCCAUUGUAUCUUACUUUGUACUCUCCUGCUAUUGAUUGGAUUCUGCAGUGCAUUGCUUAUCAUGCUCCUGAGGUUCUACUUACUGAGAUGAUGGAAAGAUGUAAGAAACUAGGAAACAAUGCUUUGCUAUUGAAUUCUGUGAUGUCAGCAUUUAGAGCUGAGUUUAUUGCUACGAGGUCUAUGGAUUUUAUUGGCAUGAUUAAAGAGUGUGAUGAGUCUGGAUUCCCCAAGCAUCUCCUUUUUCGCUCAUUGGGCUUAAACUUAGCCUUGGCUGAUCCCCCUGAAAGUGAUCGACUUCAAAUAUUGAAUGAAGCCUGGAAAGUUAUUACUAAAUUGAAGAAUCCACAGGACUAUAUUAAUUGUGCUGAAGUGUGGAUAGAAUAUACAUGCAGGCAUUUCACGAAACGUGAAGUCAAUACAGUUUUAGCGGAUGUUAUCAAGCACAUGACACCUGAUCGUGCAUUUGAAGAUGCUUAUCCACAGCUUCAUUCAAUAAUUAAGACAAUUAUCGCCUACUUUCAUGAUUUUUCAGUUCUUUUCUCAGUGGAGAAAUUUUUGCCAUUCCUGGAUAUGUUCCAAAAAGAGAAUGUCCGAGUAGAGGUUUGCAAAUGCAUUAUGGAAGCUUUUAUUAAGUAUCAGCAAGAACCUACCAAGGAUCCUGUCAUCUUGAAUGCUCUUUUACAUGUUUGUAAGACGAUGCACGACUCUGUGAAUGCACUCACCCUUGAGGAUGAAAAGAGAAUGUUGGCAGUUUUAAUUAAUGGAUUUAUAAAAAUGGUUUCAUUUGGUCGUGACUUUGAGCAACAGUUGAGUUUUUAUGUGGAAACCAGGUCAAUGUUUUGCAAUCUGGAACCCGUUCUUGUCCAAUUAAUUCAUAGUGUGAACCAGUUGACAAUGGAAACAAGAAGAGUAAUGAAAGGAAAUCACUCCAGGAAGACCGCUGCAUUUGUCCGGGCAUGUGUUGCCUUCUGUUUCAUUACUAUUCCUUCCUUGACUGGCAUCUUCACACGUCUUAAUCUCUAUCUGCAUUCAGGUCAGGUUGCCUUGGCAAAUCAGUGCCUUUCCCAAGCUGAUGCUUUUUUCAGAGCUGCAGUAAGCCUUGUUCCUGAAGUUCCAAAAAUGAUUAAUAUAGAUGGAAAGAUGCGGUCCUCCGAAUCAUUCCUCCUGGAGUUUCUCUGCAAUUUGUUUUCUACUUUAUUAAUAGUUCCGGAUCAUCCAGAACAAGGAGUCCUUUUUCUUGUUCGAGGUUUACUAAAUGUGAUCCAGGAUUACACUUGGGAAGACAACAGCGAUGACAAAAUUCGUAUCUACACCAAUGUUUUACAUCUCCUCUCUGCAAUGAGCCAAGAGACUUAUCUCUACCAUGUAGACAAAGUUGAUUCCAACGACAGCCUCUAUGGGGGAGACUCAAAAUUCCUGGCUGAAAACAACAAGCUUUGUGAGACCGUGAUCACACAGAUCUUGGAACACCUUAAAACCCUGGGAAAGGAUGAGACCUUGAAGCGCCAGAGCGUUCUGGCACUGUCCUUCUUUAACAGCAUCUUAGCUCAUGGCGAUCUGCGAAACAACAAACUUAAUCAGCUUUCUGUUAACCUGUGGAAUCUAGCCCAGAGGCAUGGCUGUGCGGACACCAGGACUAUGGUAAAAACUCUGGAAUAUAUCAAGAAACGAAGCAAACAACCAGAAAUGAGUCAUUUGACUGAACUGGCCCUCAGGCUCCCACUGCAAACUAGGACCUGACCAAUAGAACCUUGUUCUUGAGCCCUGAGCUCAGGAUUCUGUAGUUAAGUCAGGAAAUAUAUGCUUUAUCCUAGG